AUGAGAGUGUUUGGUGAAUUUUUUGAGAGUGGGGAGGUUAACUUUUGCACCAACGCAUCUUUCAUUCGCCUUAUUCCCAAUAAGGAGAAGUCAGUGAAGAUUGGGAAUUUUAGGCCCAUUAGCUUGGUUACAUCGCUUUACAAAAUUUUGGAUAAGGUUCUUUCCAAAAGAAUUAGAGAUGUUCUUGGGGAAACGAUCUCUCCUUCACUGGGUGCCUUCGUGCAUAGAAGGCAAAUUUUGGAUGUGGUCCUAGUGGCCAAUGAGAUUGUGGACGAAUAUAGAUUGUUGCAUAAGGAGGGGCUUAUUUUCAAGGUAGACUUUGAGAAAGCAUAUGAUUAUGUGGAUUGGGGCUUUUUGGACUUUGUUUUGGAAAUGAAGGGUUUCGAUUUUAGGUGGAGGAAGUGGAUUUGGGGGUGUGUGUCAUCGUGCAACAUGUCGGUUAUUGUGAAUGGAAGAGCAGGGAAUUAUUUCUUUUCAAAUGAUACUAUAUUUUUCUCUGCUAAGGAGAAGAGUAAGGUAUGUAAUCUACUUAUGAUUUUGAGGAUCUUUGAAGUUGUAUCCGGCCACAAGGUCAAUCUUAGUAAGAGCAGUGUUGUCGGUAUUACUCUUGAGCAUAGUUGUGAGCAACGAAUGGCAGCUAUGUUGGGUUGUCCCAUUGACAAGUUCCCUCUCAGGUGUUUGGGGCUUCCAUUGGGUGGUGAUCCUAGAACAGAGGCAUUUUGGAAUCCAGUCUUUGUUAAGAUUGGGAAAAGAUUGGAGAGAUGGAAGUGA